AUGCCUGCUCACCUGCUCCUGUCCGGGGCUGGCCUGCUCCUCGUCCUUUGCUUGCAGCUGAUGACCAACAACGCCCAGGAAGACACGAACUGGAAAGUGUUGACGAUGGAUCUGCAGAUGCAGUCUACCGCACAGGCCGGUGAGGAGGUGCCUGUGACGCUCAGAAUUCACACGGAAAUAAGAGAAUGCAUGGUGAUCAAAGCAUACCUCAGAAGCAGCAUUCCCCUGGAAGGGCCUUCUCACAGUUACACAUUCACUGCCUGCCUGUGUAACGAUUAUCCAAGGACCUUCUUUUGGGACAUUGUGAGCAACUACACUGUGACAGUCGUACCAAUAGUUGAUGUUGUUCGAGAGCUAAACAUCUGCCCUGAAGAUAGGGCAGUAAUGCCCAUCAAAGCAAACCGUUUUUACACGUCCGCUACCCUUUUUAUAACACAAUAA